UUCCGCUCUUGAGUGGAGCUCCACUCGCCCAUAUAUCUGCAGCCAGACCCUUUUAUGCCUUAAAGUGAAACAGAAAGUGAAUCAGAGACGCUAUCAGGGAGGAUUGUAAAUUGAAAUGUCUUCACGUGUCACGGCCUGAAAUCAAGUCUCUUAUCUAGGAAAAAAAGAGAUCCAGAACAGCCUGUAAGGUGUGUGUGCAUGAGGAGAGAGAGGAGGAGAAACCUGCUUAUAAAAUGAAUUUGUAUGAGGAGAGAGAGGAGGAGGCUCCUGUUGAUGCUCAGAGAGCAGGGUCUCCAGGAUUCAGCUUUGUGUCUAUGAAGAGUAACAACUCCAUGUUUGAGCCCCCUGUCUUCAGUGAUGUUGACGCUCAGAGAGCAGGGUCUCCAGGAUUCAGCUGUGUGUCUAUGAAGAGUAACAACUCCAUGUUUGAGCCCCCUGUCUUCAGUGAUGUUCACCCUCAGAGAGCAGGGUCUCCAGGAUUCAGCUGUGUGUCUAUGAAGAGUAACAACUCCAUGUUUGAGCCCCCUGUCUUCAGUGAUGUUCACCCUCAGAGAGCAGGGUCUCCAGGAUUCAGCUGUGUGUCUAUGAAGAGCAACAACUCCAUGUUUGAGCCCCCUGUCUUCAGUGAUGUUCACCCUCAGAGAGCAGGGUCUCCAGGAUUCAGCUGUGUGUCUAUGAAGAGUAACAACUCCAUGUUUGAGCCCCCUGUCUUCAGUGAUGUUCACCCUCAGAGAGCAGGGUCUCCAGGAUUCAGCUGUGUGUCUAUGAAGAGUAACAACUCCAUGUUUGAGCCCCCUGUCUUCAGUGAUGUUCACCCUCAGAGAGCAGGGUCUCCAGGAUUCAGCUGUGUGUCUAUGAAGAGUAACAACUCCAUGUUUGAGCCCCCUGUCUUCAGUGAUGUUCACCCUCAGAGAGCAUCAUCUCCAGGAUUCAGCUGUGUGUCUAUGAAGAGUAACAACUCCAUGUUUGAGCCCCCUGUCUUCAGUGAUGUUCACCCUCAGAGAGCAGGGUCUCCAGGAUUCAGCUGUGUGUCUAUGAAGAGUAACAACUCCAUGUUUGAGCCCCCUGUCUUCAGUGAUGUUCACCCUCAGAGAGCAGGGUCUCCAGGAUUCAGCUGUGUGUCUAUGAAGAGUAACAACUCCAUGUUUGAGCCCCCUGUCUUCAGCAGUGGACCUUCUGUGACCUCUGACGCUGUUAUCAUCAGCUGGAAAAGAAAGCGAGCAGCUUCUCCACUACAGUCCCCUAAACCUGAUCUCAGUGAUGAAUCAGUGACGUUUGAUCCUGUAGGUGGGAGAGCUGACCAGAUCAGAUAUGUGUCCUGUCUGUCCAGCACAUCCUCCUCCAGUCAGAACCACAUCAGUCAUCAUGACACAGAAACAGAUCUGCAGCUCGAUUCUCAUCAACCAGAGCAUGAUGAUCUACAGAGAGUCAAAGACCAGCACAAAACCAGCAUGAAGAACAAGUAUGAGAGCUUAUUUGAGGGAGUCAAACUACAAGAGAAUCAAACCCUCCUGAACAGGAUUUACACACAGCUGUACAUCAUAGAGGGAGAGAGUGAAGGAGUGAAUGAAGAACAUGAAGUGCUACAGAUGGAGAAAAGUUACAGGGCACUCCAAGACACUCCAAUCAACUGCAAUGACAUCUUUAAUCUUUUACCUGAACCAGGAGAUGAGGAGAAGAGAAGAAAGAAAGACACAAUAAAGACUGUUCUUACUAAAGGCAUCGCUGGAAUUGGAAAAACCGUCUCUGUGCAGAAGUUCAUUCUGGACUGGGCCGAGGGAAAAGCCAAUCAGGAUGUAGAUUUCAUGUUUGUGCUUACAUUUAGAGAGCUGAACUUGAUUAAAGAUCAUCAGUACAGUCUUCACAGACUUCUGCUUGACUUUCAUCCUGAACUUCAAGAUCUGGACUCAAAGAUUUAUGAUGAAUGUAAAGUUGUGUUCAUCUUUGAUGGUCUGGAUGAAAGCAGAAUUACACUGAUGUUUUCAGACGGUCAGAAAGUUUCUGAUGUGACUGAGAUUUCAUCAGUGGGUCUGUUGAUGUCAAACCUCCUGAGAGGAGAUCUGCUUCCCUCUGCUCUCAUCUGGAUCACCACCAGACCAGCAGCAGCCAAUCAGAUCCCCUCCAACUACAUCAACCGUGUGACAGAGAUUCAGGGAUUCAAUGACCCUCAGAAGGAGGAAUAUUUCAGGAAGAGAAUCAGUGACGAGGAUCAAGCCAGCAGAAUCAUCUCACACAUCAGAAGAGCAAGAAGCCUCCACAUCAUGUGUCACAUACCCGUCUUCUGCUGGAUCUCAUCCACUGUGCUUCAAAACAUCCUGAAACAAGAUCUCAGUGCAGAAAUCCCUCAAACUCUGACUGAAAUGUACAUCUACUUCCUGCUCAUUCAAACAAAGAUGAGGAACCAGAAGUAUGAAGAGAGACAUCCAGAGAAACUCCUGCAGUCCAACAGAGAAGUGAUUGUGAAACUUGCUGAACUGGCUUUCAAUCAGCUGAUGAAGGGCAAUGUGAUGUUUUAUGAGGAGGACCUGAGAGAGAGCGGUAUAGAUGUCACUGAUGCCUCAGUGUAUUCUGGGAUCUGCACUGAGAUCUUUAGAGAGGAAUCUGUGAUUUAUCACAGGAAGGUUUACAGCUUUGUACAUCUGAGCUUUCAGGAGUUUUUUGCAGCACUGUAUGUGUUUUACUGCUAUUUACACAAGAACAGUGAGGUUCUGAAGAUGUUCCUGACAGGAAAGAACAGAACUCAGUGUGAGAAAGUUUCUCUGGAUGUGUUUCUGAAAGGAGCAAUGAAUAAAGCCUUAAAGAGUAAAACUGGACACCUGGAUCUCUUCCUUCGGUUUCUUCAUGGCGUCUCACUGGAGUCCAAUCAGAGACUCUUACAGGAUGUACUGAUACACACAGAGAACAACCCAGAGAACAUCAAGAAAAUACCCCAAAACCUCAAACGAGGUCAGAAAAACAACGUCAGUCCUGAAAGAUGGAUAAAUCUGUCACACUGCUUGAUUGAGAUGAAGGAUAACUCAGUUGUUGAAGAGAUGCAGGCAUUUUUAAAUUCUGGAAAUACCACUAAAAGUCUUUCUCUUGCACAAUGUUCAACUUUGGCAAACAUAAUCCUGAUGUCAGAGGAGGCGCUGGAUGAGUUUGAGUUUAAAAAUUUCACCACCAAAUCAAAAGAUGGGAGACAGAGACUGUUACCUGCUGUGAGGAACUGCAGAAAAGCUCUUUUGGCAGGCUGUAAUCUCACUGAUCAGCACUGUGAAAUUGUGGCUUCAGCUCUACAAUCAUCAAACUCCCUGAGAGAGCUGGACCUGAGUAACAAUCAUCUGCAGGAUUCAGGAGGAAAACUGCUCGCUGCUGGACUGAGGAGUCCAAACUGUCAACUCAACAUACUCAGAUUAUCUGGCUGUUUGGUGAAAGAGGAAGUUUGUGCUGCUCUGACAUCAGCUCUGAGUUCAAACCCCUCACACCUGAGAGAGCUGGACCUGAGUAACAAUCAUCUGCAGGAUUCAGGAGGGAAACUGCUCGCUGCUGGACUGAAGAGUCCAAACUGUCAACUCAACAUACUGAGAUUAUCUGGCUGUUUGGUGAAAGAGGAAGGUUGUGCUGCUCUGACAUCAGCUCUGAGUUCAAACCUUUCACACCUGAGAGAGCUGGACCUGAGUAACAAUCAUCUGCAGGAUUCAGGAGUGAAGCUGAUUGCUCCUGGACUGAACAGUCCAAAUCAACUAAACAUACUGAGAUUAUCUCAGUGUUUGGUGACAGAAGAAGGUUGUGCUGCUCUGGCAUCAGCUCUGAGUUUAAACCCAUCACACCUGAGAGAGCUGGACCUGAGCUACAAUCACCCAGGAGAAUCAGGAGUGGAGCUGCUCAAAAAGCUCAAACAUCUGGACAAACUCAAUGUGGAUCACGGAGGAGAGAUCAUGAUCCCAUCAGGACGCCACAAAUACGCCUGUGAUCUCACACUGGAUCCAAACACAGCACACACUCUCCUCGUUCUGUCUGAGGAGAACAGAAAGGUGACGUGUGUCUCUGAGAGACAGUCGUAUCCUGAUCAUCCGGACAGAUUUGAUGUGUGUCAGGUUGUGUGUUCAGAGAGUCUGACUGGACGCUGUUACUGGGAGACUGAAUGGAGCGGAAGAGAAGUUGAUAUAUCAGUGUGUUAUAAAGAAAUCAAGAGGAAAGGAUCGAGUCUUGACUGUUUGUUUGGACUUAAUGAUAUCUCCUGGAGUCUGAGAUGCUCUGAUCAAGGAUUCACUGCUCGUCACAAUAAUAAAGACACUCGUAUCUCUGUUUCUCCAGUCUCCUGUAAGAGAGUCGCAGUGUUUCUGGACGAGUCGAGCGGCUCUCUGUCCUUCUACAGCGUCUCUGACACACACACACUCACACACUUACACACAUUCACACACACAUUCACUCAACCUCUACUCGCUGGAUUUUACCUUUAUUCAAACUCUUCAGUGUCUCUGUGUCACAUUAAACACUAAACACACACACACACACUCACACACACACACACGCUUUCUCUCACACACACGCAUUGAUAAAUAUGUGUAAAAUAAUGUCAUAUUUACUUAAUUAUGAAAAUAUUUUUGUGUCAUAUUUCUCAGGCCGUAUUUUCAGGAGUUCAUUUAAUUUUAGUCGAAUAGAAUUCAGAAUAAAAAUACUUCUUCAUCAUCAUCAUCAUAUGUUUGAAACAAACAUUCAAAAGCAGUGAAAGAAAUAAAAAGUGUUUAUGUGACUGGACUUCAGAUAAAUUCUUUUGAAACAUUUAAUCGUCUGAACCCUCUUCAUUUCAGGAAAAUCAAUGUAAUAUAUUUCUGCUCAAUAAUGUUUUUUGAUUAUUAUUUUACAUUUCGAAGGAGAUUUUGAUACUAUGCAAUAUUUAAAAAAAAAAUCAUGAGCUAUUUUUUUCCAUUAAAAUUAAUUAAACCGUCUUUUCAUUUCUGUGUCCCAUUUGAUAAUGAAAUCUAUUUGUUUUCUUUCUUUUUUAUUAUCAGGAAAAUCAAAGUAAUAAACAUUUGAUAAUGAA